ACGUCAUCACGCAGGAACCGGAGACGGGAGGAGGGAGGAGAGCACUGGAAGAGGAGGAGGAGGUAGUAGGAAAAGAGGGGGAGAAGCUGGGGGAGGCAGCAGCAGAGGGCGCAGGGUGCUUGCUCCGCUUCGUCGCCUCACUCUGGCACCUGGGUUAGCUCCGCUCCGCUCUGCGCCUCGCCUCCUCCCUCCCUCACCCAGGCGAUGGGAGUGGUUCUACCAAACCUACCCUCUGUGUCCUGCCCUCCCCCCCUAAGUCUGAGGUAAGCCCCUUACCCCAAUAUCACCUACACCCCAAGCCUAUUUUGUCCUCACCUCCUGGGUUCACUUGGAGGCCCACCAGGAAGGAUAAACAGGUGGAGAAAGGAGAUGCUCCUAGCAUCAGUGCUGGGGAGUGGCCCCCGUGGGGUCCCCCCACUCUGGCCAUUGGCAUCGCGGGCUCUCCGAUUCUGGUCUACCUCAGCCACUGAUACCCAUCACAUGGAGCUGGCCAGAGAGCGAUCCAAGACAGUCACCUCUUUCUACAACCAGUCAGCCAUUGAUGCUGCAGCUGAGAAGCCUUCUGUCCGGCUCACUCCAACCAUGAUGUUGUACUCGGGCCGCUCUCAGGAUGGCAGCCAUCUGCUGAAAAGUGCCCGUUACCUACACCAUGAACUCCCUGUUCGAAUAGCCCACCGGAUCAAGGGCUUCCGAAGUCUGCCUUUCAUCAUUGGCUGCAAUCCUACCAUCCUUCAUGUGCAUGAACUUUAUAUCCGAGCCUUCCAGAAGCUGAGUGAAUUUGCUCCGAUAAAGGAUCAGGCAUCUGAGGCCCAGUAUUGCCAGUUGGUCCGCCAGCUCCUGGAUGAUCACAAAGAUGUGGUAACUCUUCUGGCUGAGGGACUUCGAGAAUGCAGGAAGCAUAUUCAGGACGAGAAGCUGGUUCGAUAUUUCUUGGACAAGACACUGACCUCACGACUGGGAAUACGUAUGUUGGCCACUCAUCACCUGGCCCUGCAUGAGGACAAGCCUGACUUUGUAGGAAUCAUCUGUACUCGACUCUCCCCAAAGAAGAUCAUCGAAAAGUGGGUGGACUUUGCCAGGAGGCUGUGUGAACACAAGUAUGGGAAUGCUCCUCGAGUUCGAAUCAAUGGCCACGUGGCUGCCCGCUUCCCAUUCAUCCCAAUGCCUCUGGACUACAUUCUCCCUGAGCUGCUGAAGAAUGCCAUGAGGGCCACGAUGGAAAGCCACCUAGACACUCCAUACAAUGUUCCAGAUAUCGUCAUCACUAUCGCCAACAAUGACAUCGACCUCAUAAUCAGAAUUUCAGAUCGUGGUGGGGGCAUUGCCCACCACCAUUUGGACAAAGUAAUGGACUACCACUUCACCACGGCUGAGGCCAGCACCCAGGAUCCCCGAAUCAGUCCACUUUUUGGUCACUUGGAUACAAACAGCAACGGCCAGUCAGGACCUAUGCAUGGGUUUGGUUUUGGGCUGCCUACAUCCCGGGCCUAUGCAGAAUACUUAGGUGGCUCUCUUCGGCUCCAGUCCUUGCAAGGGAUUGGCACAGAUGUCUACCUAAGACUUCGUCACAUCGAUGGCAAGGAGGAGAGCUUCCGGAUCUGACCCAUCUAGCUCAACCUUUCCCCUCGGCCUUCACCCCCUGGGACUUACCAGGGGAAGCCACCUGCCUCUCCCCCUCUUCUCUCAUCAUACUGCUCUUCCUCCCCUUCCUUCCGGGUCUUACAGCUUUGUCUGAAGUGUUGGGAGCCAGGAGCUUCCCUUAGGACCUUUGUAGGCUCUGCCUGGGGUCUCAAAACCUGUUUUCUCUGGCUGUUUGUUGCACCCUGGACUCUGGGCAAUCAGAUCCCCUCAGCCCACCAGUCCAGGGUUGGUAACUCAGAAUUUCUACCCAUCAGAUACUGCAAUUCCUCCAUUCAUAUCCUUCUUUUCCUAUCUUCUCUUCCUCUGGCUUUUUGGCCCAGAGCUAGGGAGGAUGGGUGGGGAGAACCUUUGGGGGCCCCAGAGGCCUCCUGCAUCAUACAUGUUUCUGGGGAAGUGUGUUUGGGGGUUCAUGAACCCCCUUUCCUUCCUCUAUCUACUGCUGUGUUUGUAAUAUUAAAGUGCACAUUUUGAAAGCCCCUCCCCCAGGGCAAGGUGUGUGUGUCCUGGCUGGGGGACAGCCAGA